AUGGCUUAUUGUUUACGAUUUCUAUUUAAUUCAAAAAAUCCUAAGAACAAGAAACUUGGUGUUUUAACGAUAAAAGAAAUAAAUGAAUCAUUUAACGUACUUUUGAGAAUUUCACAGGAGCAGUCGUUCCCACAAGAAAUCCGUGACUUAAAGAAAAAUAAUUGUGUAAAUAAUUCCAGUAGUAUUUUAAAUCUACGUCCUUUCAUAGAUUCGAAUUUUAUAAUAAGAGUAGGUGGUAGAAUUGCAAAGGCACGUUUACCCUAUAAUAAAAAACAUCCAAUCAUUUUACACAAAAAACAUCCUUUGACUAGUUUAAUAAUAAUCAAUGAACAUAAGAUGUUAUUGCAUUGCGGACCACAGCAACUUUUAUAUGCGGUUAGGGAAAAUUUUUGGCCAUUAUCAGGACGCGACCUGACCCGAAAGGUUGUACACAAUUGCAUUACCUGUUUUAGAGCGAAACCUAAGGCUUGCGAAAGUAUUAUGGGUGAAUUACCUAGUGAAAGAAUAAAUCAGUGUUUUCCAUUUACUAACGUUGGUUGUGACUAUGCUGGUCCAGUUUAUGUAAAAGACCGUAAAACGCGUAAACCAAUAUUAUCUAAAGGAUGGAUUUCAAUUUUUGUAUGCAUGGCAACAAAGGCGAUUCAUAUUGACCUUGUGACUGAUUUAAGUACUCAAUCUUUCAUAGCUUGUCUCAAAAGAUUUAUAGCUCGAAGAGGAAAGCCCUCAAUAAUUUUCUCGGACAACGGGAGUCAGUACAUUGGUGCAAACGCGGAACUGUUGAAGUUUAUUCAGACUAACAAAGAAACAAUAUCUAAAUAUUUUAAUAGUGAAGGAAUUACUUGGAAAUUUAUUCCCCCGAGAGCCCCAAAUUUCGGCGGAUUGUGGGAAGGCGGUGUGAAAAGUUUAAAAUAUCAUUUGAAGCGGGUUAUGGGUAACUAUCAUCUGCAUUUUGACGAUUUUUGUACCUUAUUGUGUCAAAUUGAAGCCGUAUUAAAUUCAAGGCCACUAUCCCCAUUAUCCUCAAGUCCUGAUGACUAUGUACCACUAACACCUGCACAUUUCCUUAUUGGUAGACCUUUUACCUCCCUACCAGAGCCAAAUUACAUAUGUAUACCAGAAAACCGACUCAAAUUACAUCAAAAUCUCCAAAGAAUAAUCCAAAUAUUUUGGAAAAGAUGGAAUAAAGAAUAUAUUGGCGAACUUCAGACCAGACUCAAAUGGAGUAAAAACUACAAGCAACUACUACAAAUAGGCAGUUUAGUAAUCGUGAAGGAUGACAAUGCACCCCCACUGCAAUGGAGGAUGGCCAGAGUUAUGCAGCUGCACCCAGGUGAUGACCAAAUAGUGCGUGUUGUUACUGUGAGGUUCAGUGACGGGAGUGUGUUAAAAAGGUCUGUUCGAAAGUUAUGUUUAGUACCGUUUCAAGACCUUCAAGAUCAACCUUGUGAAUCUUAA